AUGAUUACUUUCAUCGACAUGCUGUCGAAAAGCAGCCAUCGAACCAGGACCAUUCGAUGUGGAAGCCACUUGAUAAUCACGAGAAAACUCAAGAUGGUUGAUUUCUUGCGCUACAUUGACUCUUACAUCGCGCAUUUCAACAUUUCCAUCAACUACAAUUGCUCUGUUGACUCUGCUUUCAUUGACCAAAGCAAUGGAAAGUGGAGGCUCCUUGUUACCAACAACUCUUCCGGUGCCGACGAGAUCUAUGAAGCGGAGUUUCUGGUGGUUGCGAGUGGAGAGAAUAGUGAAGAGUACAUCCCAAACAUUAAAGGACUUGAGAGCUAUCAAGGAGAGUCCAUGCAUUGUAGCAAGUAUUUGAAUGGGAGAGAAAUGUACAAGAAGAAUGUUUUGGUUGUUGGAUGUGGCAAUUCUGGCAUGGAAAUUGCUUAUGAUCUUUCAACUUGGGGUGCAUAUACCUCUAUUGUCGUCAGAAGUCAGGUCAAUAUGAUCUCUCAGCACUUGACUGGAGUGCAAGCUGCAGCUAGCAGCACUCAAGACACCUCCUAUGAUGGAGAUGCCUAUGAUCCAGAUCAACCCAUGCUGGAAGCGGUGAAUUACAUGGUAUAA